AUGCAACUACUGACGACUACUUCAAGCUAUGUCCUGCUCGCAGCGACGACCACCUUCUUCGUGAAUACGUACCACGUGUCCCUGACCACCAAGGCGCGCAAGAAGAGUGGGCUCAAGUAUCCUGUUGCGUACGCAAGCAAGGAGUUGGCAGACAAAGAUCCCAAUGCUUACAUGUUCAACUGCGGUGAGCAUCACUUCAUGGAGUGCGAAUUGUGUCGUGUUGGUUCUAACUCAUCGAAUGCAGCCCAACGAGCACACGCCAACUUCACCGAGAACCUGACGCCGUUCCUCGGGGCGCUUCUCGUCACCGGGCUGCGUUAUCCCAUCCUGGCCGCGUGUCUGGGCGGAGGGUGGACGCUCUCCCGAAUCGUUUAUGCUGCAGGGUAUACCAGUAGCUCUGGACCGAAGGGUCGGACAGUGGGCUCCGCUGGACAUUUCUUGAUUGACACUACAUUGAAGUUCCUGGCUUUGUAUACUUCGGUUAUGUUUGUCAUGGGCGAGUAA